AUGGAUCAAGCGAAAGAAGGAGAUGUAAUUCAAAUUCCAGAAUUGCUAAAAUCAAAAUAUAGAGAGUGGGCACCUUAUUCAGCAAUGUAGUUUAUUGGUUCUAGUUAAUCGUUAACUUUGUUAAUGUCCAUACUUGAUUUUCAUCUGGCUAAUAACAAUAUUGAGCAGCUGAAAACAUUAGUUAAUCCAAACAAACCAUAUACUCGCUAUGCUUAAGAGAUUGCUCAAAAAAUAAAAAGUUGUAUUUUACAAGAUAGAAAUUUAUCCGAAUUCUAUCAUUCUGCAUCAAUAAAUGAUCCUAAUUAUACAAGAACUGAUACCUUACUAUUUGAGUUUUGCAAUUAUCACUAUCGAACAUUAAUAGACAAUCUCUUAUAAACACUCAUCACUUUGAGCAAGGCCUUACAGCUAUCAUUUUGUGUUUUUGGAGAUUAUUUUCUGAAAGUGGAUACAUAAAAACCUAUGAUAUUUAUUUACAUGAAAAAUAACCAAUAUUAUUACAUCAAACAGUUUAAUGAGAAUUAACAAUCAACUGUGAAUCAAAUAAAUCCCUCAUAAUGCAAUGAAUAACAACACUAAAACUAAAACUGCGAAGCCGAUAAUUUUUGUGGUUACGAUGAAUUUAAUCAUUUAUUUAAACUCAAAGUGAUCGAGGUUUAUAAAGAGAGUGAAGAAUGGAUUGAUAACAGAGCAUUACAGAUUAAAAAGAUCAACUAAAAAGAAUUAGUAAAAAAUUAAAUUGAAUAAGAAAAUCAAUAAGAUAAUAAUUAAGAUAAUUCAACUAAAUCACAUUAAACUUGUAUGAAUUGUAAUUAAGCAACAUAAUCUCCACUUUUUGUUAAUAGCACUUGCAAUCAUCACUUUUGUUCGAAAUGCUUAAAUUAAACAAUAACUAAUUUUGAUAUCAACUAUAAAUGUUUAAAUAGAGAUUGUUCUUCAUUAAUAGAUCUAUUCUCCUAUAUUGAGUAUUGCUCUGGAGAGGCCCCUGUAGAUAAAAGAGAAGAAACGAUCAAUCUAGAAUUUAAACCAUGUAGCAACUGUGGUAAAAACUAAUUAAAAAGGAAAUCAAUUUAAAGUGCUUAAAAAAAUAGUUUGUGUAUAAAAUGCUUGAGAAAAUCUACUUAAACUUUGGAUCAAGCACAAAUUUCAAAUCAUUAGGAAUAUUAUUUAGAAAAAGUAAAUGGCAACAAUUUAAAUGAAAAAGCUUAAAGUAUUCUCUUUGGAUGUUCUAAAUGCAAAGUAAAAAUCAAUAAAAACCAUUAACAUUUCAAUAAAAAUUGUCUACACUUAUUAUGCUUUUCUUGUUCAAAUGAUUUGAUAUUGAACGGAAAUAGAUAUUCAAUUUCAUUGAAAUGCCCUGUUCCCAAUUGCACUUAAUACUUAAAUCAACCUGAUUUUGACAGGUUUUUUGAAGAGUAAUAAAACAAAUUACUUUAAGAAUAAGAACAGAAGUAAAAAGAAUAAAAAGAAGAGAUUCUCAUUUAACCCUUAGAACAUGUAACCAAAGAAUAGAAUUUAGAACAACAGAUGGAAAUACAAAUGACUGAAGAAGAAGAGUUACACUAUUAGACCUUUGGUUAAUGUACUCUGUGUUAUACAGAUUUUUCUAAUUAUAAUAAGCGUUAAAAAUUAGAUUGCAAAAUGCAUUAAAUAGGAGUUUGUUGUUCCUUGAAGAAUCUCAUAUGCCCCUAAUGUUCUCAGAAACAAUGUUGUAAUUCAAAUAAUUUCAUUAAUAUUACUGGUCAAUUUAAGCUUAGAAAGGACAGUAAGUAAACUUUUGACAGUUAUUAAUUUCAAUUCGACUGA